AUGGAUUUUGGGUAUGGAGGGAAUGGGUCUCCUGAUGACCACGAAGAAACAUCGCAUUCCCUGGAGGGGAAGAAGAACUACCAUCGCCACUCUGCUCAACAAAUUCAGCAGCUUGAAGCAUUUUUCAAGGAAUGCCCACACCCAGAUGAGAACCAACGACGACGAUUAAGCAUGGAAUUGGGACUUGAUACUAAGCAGAUCAAGUUUUGGUUUCAAAACAAGAGAACUCAAACAAAGGCUCAAAAUGAGCGGGCAGAUAAUUCUUCACUUCGAACAGAAAAUGAAAGGAUCCAUUGUGAGAACCUUGCAAUCGUAGAGGCACUGAAAAGUGUCAUUUGCCCAGCCUGUGGUGGUCCACCAUUUCGAGAAGAAGAUCGACAACAUGGUCUGCAGAAAUUAAUGAUGGAAAAUGCACGGUUGAAAGAAGAGCAUGCGAGAGUAUCAAACAUUCUUGCAAGUUUCAUGGGGAAGCCAUUUACAGAGAUUCAAUCAUUGUCACCCUCCCCUGGAUAUUCAUCUGAUCUACUGGCACAAGCUUUCUCCGGUCAAGCGACCGAAGGCUCUUCCCAUUUAACACAUUCUAAGGACACUAUAUCAGCAUACCAAUUAAGUGGAAUACAAAAGAUGGAAAAGACACUCAUGAUUGAAACUGUUACGAGUGCCAUGGAUGAAUUGGUUAAGCUUCUGCGAGUCAAUGCGCCUGUGUGGGUAAAGUCCCCGGCUGAUCAAGGGAGAUGUGCUCUUCAUCGCGACAGCUAUGACAAGCUUUUCCCCAAGGCUAACCACUUCAGAACUACCAGUGCUCGUAUUGAAUCAUCUAAGGAUACAAUUAUGGUGGAAAUGGCUGCAAUACAUUUGGUGGAGAUGUUUCUUGAUUCGGAUAAAUGGGUGGAUCUUUUUCCUACAAUUGUGACAAAAGCUAGGACACUUGAAGCAAUUGAUACUGGAGACCUGGGAGGUUCAUUGCAGUUGAUGUAUGAACAAAUGCAUAUUCUGUCACCCCUUGUGGCGCCUCGAGAAUUCUUUUUCCUUCGUUACUGUCGACAACUUGAUUCAAGCAUAUGGGUGGUUGUGGAUGUAUCAUAUGAUUUCAAAGAGACUGAAAAUUCUUCCUCUACCCUCUCUUGGAGGCUUCCUUCUGGAUGCAUGAUUCAAGACAUGUCCAAUGGCAAAUCCAAAGUUACGUGGAUUGAACACGUUCAAGUAGACGAUAGAUCUCUAACUCAUCGUCUCUAUAGAGAUUUAGUAUGUGUUUGUCAAGCAUACGGCGCAAAACGAUGGGUGGCAACUCUGCAGAGGAUGUGUGAGAGAUUUGCAUACUCAAUGGGGUCAAGGACUAGUCCCUGUCACGAACUCGAAGGGGUGAUUGAUGCUCCAGAAGGUAGGAGAAGAAUAGUGAAUCUUUCACACAGGAUGGUCAAGAAUUUUUGUUCAAGCUUAAGCAUGUCAAAUAAAUUAGACUUCCCUCACCUAUCAGAAUCAAACAAUAGUGGGAUUCGAGUCUCGGUCCGCAAAAGCAACGAACCAGGCCAACCUCGAGGCAUGAUUGUCGCUGCUGCUACCUCUCUGUGGCUUCCUUUUUCAUGUGAAACCCUCUUUGAUUUCUUCAUAAAUCAAAAAAUCCGAGCUCAGUGGGAUGUGCUGUCUAAUGGAAAUCCAGUGGCUGAGAUCGCACAUAUCUCAUGUGGAACUCAUACAGGAAACUGUAUUUCUAUUAUUCAGCCUUUCGUCCCUAAGCAGAACAUGCUGAUGCUUCAAGAGAGCUGCAUCGACCCUUCAGGAGCACUUGUAGUCUAUGCUCCGAUAGACCUACCGGCCAUUACCGAAGUCAUAAGCGGCGAGGACACUGGAAAAAUACCCAUACUUCCAUCGGGGAUUAUAAUAUCCAGUGACGGGCGCCUCGACAAAGGAAGUAAAGCUUCAACCAGCACAAGUACUGGCAAGCCAGGUUCACUUGUCACAGUGGCUUUCCAGAUACUGGUGUGUUGCAACUCACUUUCAAAGCAGCUGAACAUGGAGUCUGUGGCCACUGUCAACACUCUUAUAAGCUCCACAGUUCAGAAAAUUAAGGAAGCCUUGGAUUGCUCUGAUUUGGAUUGA